GAAAGCAUUCAGUGUAUUAAUUUGUGCAUCGAAGGUUUUCGUUACAGAAAAGUUACAACAACAACAAAAAAACGUAUUUUUUCUCGAUUUUAUUGCCUCUACUCAUAUAUGGGUUAAACGAACAUAAUAAAAGCAUAAAAUAAGCUGAAACAAAAACACGUUUAAAAUUCUUGCAAUAUAACAUCGGCACAUGAAUAUAGAAAACAGUGGCUUAUUAUUUGUGUUGUGAAUGUUAAAAUUUCAUUUCAUACCAAAUUGUUUAUUACAUGGAAGUAUCCCAUACUGUAUACAAACAAACACAUACUGUACACUGGGUGAGGUAUUGUGCAUAUAUGAUCGAUUCAAUUUUUAAAUAAACAGAAACACUUAAAACGUCUAUGAAAUUGUUGGAUGGUGAAAACAACUCGAUUCUCGGCAAAAUUCAAAAAUGUAUAUUUGAGUAAAAAUUGAAGUAAAAGUUCGAUUUUACUGACAUUUUUUGUUGUUGUGUUAUAUGCAAAAGCACGACCUUAAUGUAACCACAAGCACUACCAGAUAUAUAUACCUGGUGAUUCGAAGAGCAUCAUUCGCGAAGAACUGUUGUCUGGCUAGAGCACACGGUAAAAUUUAUAUUUUAUUAUAAAUUUUGUCGAUCUAAAUGUAUGUACGGUGAAAGCUGGUGUGUAUACGGACGGCCAGAUAUAUUAUACUCAACAUAUAUACGGUUCAAAUUUGUGUGAAAGUAGAAAAUUAUCAACGAAAAAUUAAAUUUGGUGAAUUUUUUUUGUAAUUAAUAAAAUUAGUUUAAAGCCGACGUAUAAUAAUAAUAUUAGCACGAGAUGAUUUAAGUUGGUUAACAACAACAACAACAGCAGCAGCCAAAUCGUCCGAACAUAAUAUUUAAAAAAAAGAAUGUGAAAUGAGAUCAAUUUGAAGUAAAAAAAUCAGUUUAAUGAAAUCAUUUUAAUGUGCAAAGUGGAAGUGCAAAGUUAUUUAUAUUAUCUGGUAAUUAGCAUGUAAAAAUAUGUUUUGUUUCAAUUUGAGAUGCCCAACAGCGUUAACAUAUUGGAUACUGUACAUGGUAUUCUGUAGCUGGAGCACAGCUAAUGCAAUCAAAUGGCCAACAAAAGAACAAGAGGCAAACGAUGAAGUCAACGAUGCUAAAAUGAUUGUGGCCGUACAGCGUUCGAUGCAUGAGUGGGAAAAGAGUAAAUUGCACAAGCACCAUCGAAAGAAACGGGCUGACAAAAGUGUUUGUUAUGGAGAACUGGGCUGUUUCGAAGAUUCCGGACCGUUUGGCUAUUUGGAUAUGUUGCCGUCAUCACCGGAAGAGAUCGAUACUCGAUUUUAUUUUUAUUCGACAAAGAAUAGAACUGAUCGUCCGUUAGUCGAUCUAUCGUACAUGAACAUGACUGAUGUAUGGACACAACUGAGUGAGAAUGGAACCAGCGAAUCGAAUUCGAAUAAAAAAAUUGUCCAAUCACUGAAAUCGUUCGACGGACUGGACAAGAUGUCGGUUCGGGUUAUUGUUCAUGGUUUCGGUUCGAGUUGCUCGCAUGUUUGGAUUUACGAAAUGAGGACUGCGUUAAUGGCAGUUGAAGAUUGUGUUGUUAUAUGUAUUGACUGGGAGAAUGGUGCAAAUUUGCCAAAUUAUGUGAGAGCAGCUGCUAACACAAGACUUGUUGGCAAGCAACUGGCGAUUCUUAUACGAAAUUUACAAAAACACAAAGGACUCGAUUUAUCUCGUGUGCAUCUAAUAGGGUUCAGUCUUGGCGCUCAUGUGUCUGGAUUCGCUGGAGCUGAACUUCCAGGAUUAAGUCGAAUAACUGGUUUGGAUCCAGCCGGACCUUUGUUCGAAUCACAGCAUCCGAAGGCACGUCUCGACAGUACAGAUGCAAAUUUUAUCGAUGUCAUUCAUUCUAAUGGAGAAAAUUUGAUAUUGGGAGGAUUAGGUUCAUGGCAGCCGAUGGGUGACGUUGACUUUUAUCCCAACGGAGGACGAGUGCAAAACGGAUGCUCGAAUUUAUUUGUUGGAGCAGUAACCGAUUUUAUCUGGUCUCCGGCAGCAGCUGUCGAAGGACGAUCAUUAUGUAAUCAUCGUCGGGCCUAUAAAUUUUUCAUCGACUCCGUAGCACCGCGGUGUUUAUUCCCAUCGUUUCCAUGUGAAAGUUACGAUGACUUUUUGAAGGGACACUGUUUCCCGUGUGACAGAGCACAGGAGGCUUCGUCGGACGCGAAAUGUGGCAACAUGGGAUACUAUGCGGAUCGAUCGACUGGUAGGGGACAACUGUAUUUGGUGACCCGUGAAGAGGAACCAUUUUGUGCGCAUCAGUUCAAUAUUGAAAUACACAGCUCGGAAAACUACUUACCUCUUCGCACACUGGGCAAAUUGGAAGCAAUUCUAGAGGGAGAUGGGUCGCUUAACGAAACGUUCAGCAUCACAGAAAAGGACGAUGCUGAAUUUGUUGCUGGUGAAGUUAUAUCGAGAAUUUUGGUUCCACAUCCUGCGCUGGGAUUUCCUCACAGCAUUACCUUGAUGUACAAGUCAUACAGUGGAUGGCUCUCGAAAGGACUUCCCAGUUGGACUAUCCAUAAAGUUGUACUGACUGACAGUUUUGGUGAAAGUAAGUCCAUUUGUCGUCGCGAUAUAACUUUAAUGUCCGAAGUUCCGGUGUAUUUGGACCUCAAAAAUGGAAAUUGUUACACGCCCGAUGAAAAUGACAUAACAUACAGCCCGGAACUGAAUAAGCCGUCUCGAGAAACUAUCUCCUCGAAGUACGACAAGGAAUCAAGCAAAGACGAAAAGUUAAAAUAUUUUGAUAACGACGCGGACAAAUUUCGAGAGAAGAAGGAUGUUAUCAAUCUGGGAACGAAUUUCAAAAUAACCCAGAACAAUACAUACACCUAUUCGGAACCGACAGACCAACUGCCAUGGCAACCGAUAUUAGACGGGAAUUCGUUGGACAAAAGUGAUGCCACCGAAUCGAGUCGAAUGUUUCCAGUUAUCGUUGAACCGAUCGUAAAGAGUCGUAAAGUUGUUGCCACUGAAUCACGGAAUCAAUCGAAAGAAACGGGUCGUUCACUAUCGCCCAACGAUGAUACGAUAUUUCCGGAACAAUCCGCCUCAAAGAUGGACGAGACAACAUCCAAACCUACCACCGAACAGUCAAGACUCAACAAAAUUAAAAACGCUUUUGUACCGUCCAACGAAGUGACUCGUUCACGUGAGAAUACAUUUUUCACAAUUCAGCUGUUACCAUUUAAGUUGGGUGACCUAUUCGAACGAGCCGAACGUUACGCUCGCGAAACUUUACUACCAUUGAUCUCAGAACAGGCCCCCAGAUUCUUCGGCUUUGGAGUGGGCGACCCGAAAAGUGAUAAGUCACCAAAGUACUUUCCUCCGCUAGGCGAAAUAUCGGAGGAAACAAAUGACGCUACUGUUGUUAGCGAACGAAAAUUGGACAUGCCACCGUCAUUGGCCAAUUCCACAUUGGUCGAACUGGAUGACGAAAUUAACAAAAACGGUGCGGAGCUAAGUGAUAAUGCUGAUAAUGUUGCCGACGAUGACAUCGAAAGCAAUUCAACACAGACUGCUGAACUGGAAACGGCCGAAUCACAAGUGGGCGAAUCAAGAAGCAGCAAAAACAUAUUAAGUUUGCUACGGACCGACAAAAGUAGGAAAAUCAUUCCAGUGACGAAAGCAGCACAGUCCGCCGAACGACGAAAUUAUUAUACGGAAUUCAGUGCGGGUAACAUUGAUGAGGAUUUACGUAUCGUGCAUAUCGAUCUGCCCACAUAUAAGCCACCGCCACUGAUAUCGACUUUGUUUCCGUAUAAAUUUGUUAAAUCGACUGAAGAUGAGAUUCGAGUUGUGCCGGUUGAAAGCAAUGGUAAUCAACGGUAACCGCGGAACGGGAAACCAACUCGAGUCACCUUGAUAUUUGAAUGAUCUUAACCUUUUAGAAACGGCUACUCAUCUGUUACAUCGACAACAACGACACAAGGUAAGCGAUGAGACUCUGGGUGGUGUUCACUUAUUAUUAAAAUAGCAAAGUUUACGUUAAAACGGAGUGUAAAAAAUUUAGUUAAGGGACAGAUUUAGUUAUUAUGCCGUGAUACGCUUGCCGUUUGUAAAAGGUUUUAAUGAAGCGAUAUUGUUGAACGUUAUUAUGCUAGCUAAUAAUUUCAAUAAAUUCUAGUCGAAGAUUGACUACAACUGAA